AUGGCAAAGCAGUCCAGCUACGCCACCCGAAAAUGGUGGAAGGAAUCCGUGGUUUACCAGAUCUACCCGUCAUCAUUCCAAGACACCAACGGUGAUGGCUGGGGUGAUGUCAAAGGCAUCACUUCCAGAGUCGACUACCUCAAACAAUUGGGCAUCGAUGUGGUCUGGACAUCGCCCAUCUACAAAUCACCGCAGGCGGAUAUGGGCUACGACAUUGCAGACUACAAAGUCAUCGAUCCCAUCUACGGCUCCAUCGAAGAUGUAGACAAUCUCAUUUCGGAGCUCAAGAAGCGCGACAUGAAACUCAUGAUGGAUCUCGUAGUAAACCAUACGUCAAACCGCCAUGACUGGUUCUUGGAAAGCAGGUCCUCCAAGACCAACCCCAAGCGACACUGGUAUAUCUGGAAGCCACCGAAGUCCGUGAGCGAAGCAGGCGUACCCGAACCACCAAACAACUGGGCACAAAUCCUAGGAGAGGCCAACUCGGCAUGGACCUAUGAUACCGAGACGGGAGAAUACUACCUCUCCGUCUUCACGCCAGACCAGCCCGACCUCAACUGGGAGAACCCCGAGGUGCGCGAAGCCGUGUGGGAUGUGAUGCGAUUCUGGCUGGACCGAGGCGUGGCCGGGUUUCGAAUGGACGUGAUCAACCUGAUCUCCAAGGAACCAACGUACCCAGAUGCACCCAUCGUCCUCGACCCAGCCACCCACCCGUAUCAACCCGGGAUGCAAUUUUUCGUGAACGGACCCAAGCUGCACGACUACCUCCGCGAAAUGAACCGUGAGGUCCUGUCCAAGUACGACUGCAUCACCGUGGGUGAAAUGCCCGGCGUGUCUGACGAAAACGAGAUCCUCCGCACCGUCGGUGCCAACGCCGGCGAAUUGAACAUGAUCUUCAUCUUCGACCUCGUCGACAUCGACAAGCCCAACGUCCGCAUGGCGCUGAAGCCCUGGGACGUCAAGGAGAUGAAGUCCAUAAUCACGCGCUGGCAGCGCGUGAUGAUCGAGCACGAUGGCUGGAACUCGGUGUUCAUCGAAAACCACGACAACCCGCGCAGCAUAAGCCGGUACGCGGACGACAGCGACGCCUUCCGCGAUAAGAGCGCCAAGCUCCUCGCGUUGAUGGAGACCACGCUCGGCGGCACGCUGUUCGUCUACCAAGGCGAGGAGAUCGGGAUCCGCAACGCCCCGACCGAAUGGGACAUUGAGGAAGAGUACAAGGACAUCGAGACCAUCAACUUCUGGAAAAAGUGCCAGAAGAUCUACAAGGAUGACCCCAAGGGGCUCGAGUACGGCAAAAAGGUCAUCCACAUGAAGGCACGAGACCAUGCGCGCACGCCGAUGCAGUGGUCCCGCGAGCCCAAUGCCGGAUUCUGUCCGCCCGACGUCAAGCCGUGGAUGCGCGUCAUGGACGACUACAAGUCCGGCAUCAACGCCGAGGACCAGAUCAAGGCGGACGACGGCAACGAGUUGUCGACGUGGCAGUUCUGGCAGCGCGGCAUCCACGACCGCAAAGAACACGCCGAUGUCUUUGUGUACGGUGACUACCAGGAACUGUCACCCGAGGACCCCGUCAUCCUCGCUUACAUCCGCACCAGCCAGGCGGGCGAGAAGUGGUUGGUCGUGUUGAACUUCUCGGGCAAGGACGUUGAGUGGUCCUUGCCUGAGACCCUGAAGGUCGACUUCUACGCUUGCAGCACCUACAUCAAGGGGAAGCCCGAGAAGCCGCUGACAGGUAAGAUUCCGUUGAAGCCCUGGGAGGGUGUACUCGCGAAAUGCGCUGCCUAA